AUAUUGGAAAAAUGUCCGUUUCAGUGAAAGGUGUUUAUAUCGUUGGCGCAAAGCGCACGCCAUUUGGAAAAAUGGGCGGAAUGUUUUUAAAUAAAAGUGCAACUGAUUUAGCGGUUGUUGCUUCAAAAGCAGCAAUUGAAGCCGCAGGAAUUCAACCUGAAAAAGUUGAUAGUGUCGUUUUUGGCCACGUAUUAAUGAAUUCUUCAUCAGAUGGUGCAUUUUUACCUCGUCACACACUUUUGAAAUGUGGAAUUCCACAAGAUAGAAAUGCUCUUGGAGUUAAUCGUCUUUGUGGUUCUGGAUUUCAAUCAAUCGUCAGUGGCCUGCAGAGUAUACUAGUUGGAGAAUCGAAAAUAGUUGUAGCUGGUGGAACUGAUAAUAUGAGUCAAGCUCCAUUUGUUGUGAGAAAUGUGAGAUUUGGAACAGCUUUAGGACAAAAAUAUGAUUUUGAAGAUUCUCUUUGGCUCGGUUUAAUGGAUUCUUAUUGUAAUUUACCAAUGGGUGUUACUGCUGAAAAACUUGGUGCUAAAUUCGGUGUCACAAGAGAUGAAGUUGAUCAAUUUGCUUUUCGAAGUCAGCAAUUGUGGAAGGACGCUAAUGAUAAUGGUCGAUUUAAGGAUGAAAUUGCUCCUGUAACUGUUAAAGUAAAAAGACAAGAAGUAGCCGUUGCUGUAGAUGAACAUCCUCGUCCGCAAACAAAAAUUGAAGAUCUAAAAAAACUCUCUUCAAUUUUCCAAAAAGAUGGCCUAGUCACUGCCGGUUCAGCAUCUGGUGUUUGCGAUGGUGCGGGAGCAUUAGUUCUCGCCAGUGAAGAGGCUGUGAAAUCAGAAAAACUUAAACCAUUGGCAAGAAUUGUGGGCUAUUCGGUGGUUGGUGUCGAUCCAACUAUUAUGGGAAUUGGACCAUCGCCGGCUAUUCAAAAUUUACUUAAAAUAACUGGAAAAUCUUUAGAUGAUAUGGAAAUAAUUGAAAUUAAUGAAGCUUUUGGAGCACAAACUUUGGCUUGCGCUAAAGAUUUAAAAAUUGAUAUGAAUAAAUUGAAUGUAAACGGCGGUGCAAUUGCCUUGGGACAUCCUCUCGCUGCUUCCGGUUCGAGAAUCACUACACAUAUUGUACAUGAACUUAGGAGAAGAAAAGCCAAAUUUGGAAUUGGUUCAGCUUGCAUUGGAGGUGGUCAAGGAAUUGCAAUUAUGGUUGAAGCUCUUUAAAAAAUAUAAAUAAUCUAUUUUUCAAAUUUAGAAAAGAAAUUUGUUUUCGGAAAAUUUUAAAACUUUUUGAAAAACUUUUUUUUUGCAAAUUUUUUUAAAAAGAAAAUGUCAAUUUUACACUAUAUAUUUUUUCUACUUAAUAAGAAAAUUUUAUAUAAAUACCAUAAUUUUCUAUGAAAAUUUUUAAAUUUUAACAAAUUAUUUUUUUAUAAAUAUAUAUCUAUAUUUCAAAAUAAAACAUGUAAAUAAUGAUUAUAAA